CCCCAUGCAGUCCAAGGAGAGCGGCCUGCCUCUAACGCACAGCGCCGUGCCGCCAGCUGGUACUGGCCCUUCUACUACAAGUCUACCGCAAGGGUGGAACUUUGACGACGAUGACAUUCCCGUUCCCAAUCAACCUCCCCCGCCGCGCUCGACGCCGAAAACAAAACCUCGGACGCGUCUCUUCAAACGCAAGUGGAGAUGGCCCUGGCAGAAGGAGCAGGUACUCGAGGGGGAGAGGAUUAUCGCCCUGAAUAACGAAACCGCAAACGCCGAUUUCGUCUCUAAUUAUGUAUCUACUAGCAAGUAUAAUGCUGCGACCUUUGUCCCAAAGUUCUUGACAGAGCAGUUCUCCAAGUAUGCCAACUUGUUCUUCCUCUUCACUGCCUGUAUACAACAGAUACCGGGCGUAUCUCCUACAAACCAAUGGACGACUAUUGCGCCCUUGUCCGUCGUUCUUCUCGCAUCGGCUUUCAAGGAAGUUCAGGAGGAUUUAAAACGUCAUCAAUCCGACUCCGAGCUGAACUCCCGGAAGGCCAAGGUGCUAAUGCAGGACGGCACCUUCCAAGACAAGCGAUGGCAGGACAUCUCCGUAGGCGACGUCGUGCGUUUGGAAAGCGACGACUUUAUCCCUGCCGACUUGAUCCUCAUCAGCUCAAGUGAACCAGAGGGUCUCUGCUAUAUCGAAACGUCUAACCUAGACGGUGAGACGAACUUGAAAAUCAAACAAGCAUCCCCGCAGACCGUAUCGCUGACGUCUCCGCACGGCGUCCUGGCCCUCCACGGUAACCUCCGGUCCGAACAGCCAAACAACUCCCUAUACACUUACGAAGGCACUCUGGAUCUCACCACCGCCGGAGGUAUCCCGAGACAAGUCCCGCUCGGUCCAGAUCAACUCUUACUCCGAGGCGCGCAGAUCAGGAAUACACCUUGGGUAUACGGGAUCGCGGUUUUCACGGGGCACGAGACAAAGUUGAUGCGCAACGCUACUGCCGCGCCUAUCAAGAGAACAGCGGUGGAGCGACAAGUAAAUGUUCAGAUCGUAUUCUUGUUCAUCUUGUUGCUGGCGCUCUCAAUUGGGUCCACGAUCGGUAGCAGUAUACGAACGUGGUUCUUCUCCAACCAGCAGUGGUACCUCCUCGAAAGCACGGCUAUCAGCGACCGCGCCAAGGGGUUUAUUGAGGACAUACUGACGUUCAUCAUCCUCUACAAUAAUCUCAUUCCCAUCUCUCUGAUCGUCACCAUGGAAGUUGUCAAGUUCCAGCAGGCGCAACUAAUCAACUCCGAUCUCGACAUGUACUACGAGAAGACGGACACGCCUGCGCUGUGCCGGACGUCAUCACUUGUGGAAGAACUCGGACAGAUCGAAUAUGUCUUCAGCGACAAGACUGGCACCCUCACGCGGAACGAAAUGGAGUUCCGGUGCUGUAGUAUCGCUGGCGUCGCGUACGCCGAGGAAGUUGACGAUAACAAGCGCGGCGAAGACGGUAAGGACGGUUGGAAGACGUUCGACCAGCUUAGACAGGUCGCGUCCAGCACCGUUAACCCGUUCCUGGAUGCUAGUUCGGCCAGCGCUGGCGAUCGAGAGACAAUGGCUGUCAACGAGUUCUUAACUUUGUUGGCAGUUUGUCAUACUGUCAUUCCUGAGGUGCGGGACGGAAAGACCAUUUUUCAGGCCAGUAGUCCGGACGAGGCGGCUUUGGUUGCCGGUGCGGAGUUGCUCGGGUACCAGUUUCACACUCGCAAGCCCAGGUCUGUCUUUGUCAAUAUCCAAGGACGCUCGCAAGAGUUUGAAAUCCUCAACGUCUGCGAAUUCAACUCGACGAGGAAGCGCAUGUCUACCGUUGUCCGCGGUCCUGAUAAGAAGAUCAAGCUGUACUGUAAAGGUGCCGAUACCGUCAUCCUCGAGCGACUAGCGAAGAAUCAGCCGUACACCGAAAAGACGCUCGUACAUCUUGAGGACUAUGCCACGGAAGGAUUAAGGACACUUUGUAUCGCCUACCGAGAUAUCAGCGAUGCCGAAUAUCGCGAAUGGUCGACCGUCUAUGAUCAGGCUACUCAAACGAUCAAUGGACGCGGAGAAGCUCUGGAUCGAGCGGCUGAGAUGAUAGAGAAGGACAUGUUUCUUCUUGGCGCAACUGCCAUCGAGGACAAGCUGCAGGAGGGCGUGCCCGACACCAUCCAUACGUUGCAGCAGGCUGGUAUAAAGGUUUGGGUCCUUACAGGUGAUCGACAAGAAACUGCUAUCAACAUUGGAAUGUCGUGCCGCUUGAUUUCGGAGUCCAUGAACCUGGUCAUUGUCAACGAGGAGACAGCGCAAGCCACGCAGGAGUUCCUUCACAAGCGACUGAACGCUAUCAAGAGUCAGCGUAAUUCGGGAGAACUGGAAGACUUGGCGCUGAUCAUUGAUGGCAAGAGCCUUACAUUUGCGCUGGAAAAGGAGCUAUCAAAGACGUUCCUCGAGCUGGCCAUUAUGUGCAAGGCUGUUAUAUGCUGUCGUGUGUCGCCCCUGCAGAAGGCGUUGGUCGUCAAACUUGUGAAGAAGAAUCAGAAGUCCAUUCUGCUGGCCAUCGGCGAUGGCGCCAACGAUGUGAGCAUGAUCCAAGCCGCUCACGUAGGUGUUGGUAUCUCCGGUGUCGAGGGUCUGCAAGCAGCGCGGUCCGCGGACGUGGCAAUAUCUCAGUUUCGCUACUUGAAGAAGCUAUUGCUCGUACAUGGCGCAUGGAGUUACCGUCGGUUAUCGAAGCUCAUCUUAUAUUCGUUCUACAAGAAUAUAGUUUUGUACAUGACACAGUUCUGGUUCUCAUUCUUCAACAAUUUCUCAGGACAAAUCGCGUUCGAGUCGUGGACGCUUUCCCUGUACAACGUGGUGUUCACGGUGCUACCGCCUUUGGUCAUCGGGGUCUUUGACCAGUUCGUCUCGGCCCGUAUACUGGACCGCUAUCCGCAGUUGUAUAUGCUCGGGCAGAAGAACACUUUCUUCACUAAGACGGCAUUCUGGCUAUGGAUUGCCAAUGCAUUGUAUCAUAGCAUCAUCACCUUUGGUUUUUCAAUCAUACUCUUCUGGGGCGACCUAAAACAGGCAACCGGAUACGAUACUGGGCAUUGGUUCUGGGGAACGACGCUCUACUUGGCUACAUUGUUGACCGUUUUAGGUAAAGCUGCACUGAUCUCCGAUAUAUGGACAAAGUACACUGUCGCUGCUAUUCCUGGCUCCUUCAUAUUUACGAUGCUGUUCCUUCCGCUCUACGCCGUCGUGGCCCCGGCGAUUGGUUUCUCGACCGAGUACUAUGGGAUCGUACCCCGACUGUGGACCGACGCUGUGUUCUACUUUACCCUCAUUCUUGUGCCGAUAUUCUGCCUCUCCCGCGAUUUCGUUUGGAAAUAUUAUCGGAGGACGUACCACCCGUUGUCUUAUCAUAUCAUUCAAGAGCUGCAGAAGUAUAAUAUACCCGACUACCGACCACGGCAGGAACAAUUCCAGAAGGCCAUCAAGAAAGUGCGUGCGACGCAGCGAAUGCGGAGAAACCGUGGCUUCGCGUUCAGUCAAACGGAAAACGUGGGCCGGAACGAUCAGGCGCGGUUAAUCCGCGCGUAUGACACGACCAAGUCGAACGCGAAGCCGUCGGGGUACUAGCAUGCAGUCGCAUUGUAUUACUAGAUGCUCUUGGACAUUUAUGAAAUGGGUAUCAUAUUAUAUAGCAUC